GUGUGUGUCACAUCGCAGACAUGCCCCGCAGGAGGAAGGAUCGCCUGCGAGCAGGUGUGUGUUUCGCUGUAAUCUUCAUCGUUCUCAUCCUCAUCCUCAUCAUCGUCUGUACAGUAAAGUCCCCUGAGUCACAUGAGUGUAACCGGGGGAUGUUCAGGAAAGCAGCUGUGGCUGCAGACUCACAAAUCUGCUCCAGCAUCGGCCGUGAUGUCCUGCGCUCUGGAGGUUCAGCUGUAGAUGGCGCUAUAGCUGCUCUAAUAUGUACAUCAGUAAUAAAUCCCCAAAGUAUGGGCCUUGGGGGAGGAGUAAUAUUCACCAUCAGGGAGAAAACCGGUAAAGUGAAGGUCAUUAACGCACGGGAAACAACACCAAGGAAGUUUAAAGCAGAUCUGCUCUCUGAGUGCUCCAAUGUUACUGGUGUUCAUUGGGUUGGGGUUCCUGGAGAACUGCGUGGUUAUGAGCGUGCUCAUCGUCUGUACGGUCGUUUGCCCUGGAAACGUCUGUUUGAGCCGACGAUUAGUUUGGCCAAAAGGGGGGUUAAAAUCUCCCCAUUGCUCCACCAGUAUCUGUCUGUCUUAAAAGAACAGCGGACUGCACUGAGUCAGUUGUUUAUGUACCCAAACGGAACACUGAUGAAGGAGGGAGACACUGUGAAGUUUGUGAAACUCACUGAGACGCUGCAGAAGAUUGCAGAUGGUGGAGCUGAGGAGUUUUACAGAGGAGACGUUGCUCAGGCUCUCGUGAGAGAUGUUCAGGCAGCAGGUGGAAGUCUCACACUGGAGGAUCUGAGCUCAUUUACCGUGACUGAAUCAGAAGCCUGGACUAUUUCUUUGGAUAAAUACCUGAUGUUCUUUCCUCCGCCACCAGCAGGAGGAGCCUUGCUCAGCUUCAUCCUCAAAGUCAUGGAGGGUUAUAAAAUGGACCCAACAUCUAUCCAUGUUGAUGAGAGGGUGCUAACAUACCACCGCUACAUCGAAGCGUGCAAAUUUGCUAACGGACUGAAGCAGUUCAUCAAAGACCCAAAGUUCUCCUCAGAUAAGGAAGCACACGCUCUGAUUGGGGCGGAGUUUGCUGAACGUGUGAGGCUGUUGAUCAGCAGCAAUAUUACCCAUGAUGCUCAGUACUACAACAUCAACCCACACCCUGACACUCAGGGAACCACACACAUCUCUGUGCUAGCUGAAGACGGGAUGGCCGUGUCCGUCACCAGCACCAUCAAUCACAUAUUUGGUUCCAGAGUUUUAUCUCCUAACACAGGAGUCCUCCUGAACAACGAGCUCGCUGACUUUUGUGGCAGAACAAAGCACAUUCACCCAGGAGAGAAGCCACCCUCCUCCAUGGCGCCGGUGAUCCUCUACUCCUCGUUUGAAAAACACACUCUGGUAAUCGGAGCUUCAGGAGGCAGUAUGAUCACCAUGGGCUUGGCCACGGCACUGAUGAAUUACCUGUGGCUGGGGAAAACUCUUAAAGACUCCAUUGCAUCACCUGUCGUGUAUGUGGAUGGAAAAAGUGAACUCUCAUUUGAGAAGGCAUUUAAUCAGGAUGUGAUUAAGGCUCUGCAGCAACUCGGCCACACCGUCGUCUCUCGAUCAUAUUUCUACAACACAGUAAACGCUGUGUCCAAACACGAAGAUGAGUGUGUUAAUGCGAUUUCUGACAAGCGCAAAAAGGGGGAACCUGCUGGAUACUGAACCAUACACACUUACACACACACACACACACACACAUAUACACACACACACACACACACACUUAUACACACACACACACACACUUACACACACACACACUUACACACAGACACAGACACACACAAACACACACUUACACACACACACACUUACACACAGACACACACACACACUUACACACACACACACACUUACACACAGACACACACACACACACACACACAGAUACACACACACACUUACACACACACACACACUUACACACAGACACACACACACACACACACUUACACACACACACACACACACACACACACACGGAGUAACACAUGCAAAAAGGGGGAAAUUGCUAGAUACUGAACCACACGCACACACACUUACACACGCACACACUCUUAAACAUGCAUAUACACACACUUACACACCCACACACUUACACACACACAUACGCGCACACACUUACACACUCACACACACUUACGCACACACACACAAACACACACACACGGAGGAACACACACACACAGAGGAACACACGCAAAAAGGGGGAACCUGCUAGAUACUGAACCACACGCACACACACACACACACUCACACACACACACUCACACACACACACACAUCUUAUUUAUCUAUGUGUAACUCUGACAUAUAGAAUAAUUUGUCUUUAAUGUCCUUUUAUAUUGUUGAUUUUUUAUGUCAUUAUGAAUGUCAUUAUGAAUAUUUUGAGAUUUCUCCCCUGACGUCCUCAACUCUUUCCUGUGUUAUUUAUUAUUGUGUGUUUGUGGGAUUCUGUGUUUACAAAACCGUCAGACUGUCAAUCUUUAAAACAGAUAUAAAGGGCUGCGUCCCAAACCUCAGCACUACUAAACAUUCAGUACAGAGCUUUAAAGAGCUGAUGAGGACAUUCAGUAGAAUGAAACUGUAGAACUGAAUGGAGUUAUGUUUGUUUUGUAACCUGAAUCUACUGUUCUUACUUUUUAUUUGAUUUCAUUUAAUUCUUAAAUUUAAUCUGCAAAUAUAGACUGCAUUUGUUUCCUA